UUCCCGAGAGUGGCAGUUCUCUCUAUAUUCUCUAGACAUUCUCUGGCUAUACCCUUCAAAAGCCAUUUUUCACAGGAUAUAUUUUUUGUCUAGUAAUUUGAAUAUUGCAUUCGAAAGGGGAGGCAAAGAAAAUACACACUGCUGGGUGUUAGAUUUUUUUUCGUACGACCAGAGAUACUGCUUUACGGCAAGGCAAGCACUUCCUUUUUUCUCUCGAGGCAUCGACAACACAGCUGACAGGUUAGGCCUAGGCUCUCCCUGUCAAUACACGUGCUAGAAAGAGUUUUGGUUUGCUAAUAGGGACUUUAAGCAGCGACGGUUGAAGGGACGGCUACGGCGUUCGAGAAAACUAAAAUCCACUUUGCGCAUGCGCGAUUCUAUCUCGAAAUUUCCUGCCGUUGUAGCCCAACUGUCUACUACGUGAGAGCGACUGGUUUGCCGUACUCUGAAAAACGUCGGAUUUCAAGCAGACAUGUCAUCAUUUGCCAAAACUCAAGAGGAUGCUAGACCACAGUACUGUGCCCCCAUGGAGUGGACAGAGAGGCAUGAUGUGAUACUCGCAAGAGAAAUUCUAGUUUCGGAGCCUUUCCGAUUCAAGAAGGGGAGUGUGGACAAGGGGAAGACUUGGUCUACUAUAGCAGACGCCCUGAAUAGUUCCCUGGACCUUCAAUUUAAAGUUUCACAAAGGUCUGUGAGAGAGAGGUUUGCCCUGAUCCAGGACAAAUAUAAGAAGAAAAAUAGUAAAGAUGAGAGGAGUAGCGGGACAUCACUUGAAAUCACAGAAUUAGAUCAAUUAAUUGAGGAAAUAACAGAAAAGGAGAAGGCAGUUGAAGAAAUGAGAGGAUGUAGUGACAGAGGGAAGAUCGAUGCAGACAGGGCCAAAGCAGAGGAGGCUAGGAAGAGGGCCAUGGAGAGGAUAGGCCAGACAAAACGAAGGCUGAGUGAGGAUGGAGAGGAGUUAAGCAACAAGCAUAGGAGAAGUGGCAAUGAUACAAUUGCAUUUUUGAGAGAGAGAAGUCAAAUUGACAGAGAGCUGAGAGAGAAAGAGCUAGAAUAUAAAAAGCAAGAGAUGGAGGAGCAAGCUAGGAGGGCACAACAGUCGCAGCAGCAGAUGAUAGAUACAAAUGAUGCAACAACAGCAGGCCCAAAUUCAGGCUACCCAGGCCAUGCUCCUUCAGCAGCAGCAAGGGCAAGCAUUGUUUGCUGUAAUUGA